AUGGACGAGGCUCGCGCCGCCCAGAUCGAGCAGGCUCUCGCGGCGCAGCAGCAGCAGCAGCAGCAGCAGAUAAUCCAGCAGCUGGCAGCCCAGGCCCAGUCGGCCGAGGCUCGAGCGCAGGCCGCGGAGGCUACGGCUCAGGCGGCCCGAGGGCCAGGGCUGCCGCAGCCAGCAGAGCAGCCUGGCGGCCAUCUGCCAGCAGUGAAUCGACUGAUCGACACGAGGGUCCUGGGGAAGCCGCGCGACUUCAACGGUGAGCCUGGCACGCGGCGCGGCUGGAGCACGAUCUCCCGCGCCUAUGCCAGCGCGUGCGAGCCAGCCCUGAUGGACCUCAUGGAGAACACAGAACACUCGGAUAAGCCGGCGCUGAACGCCGCGCUGCCAGAGGAGCGCGUGCGACGCAGCAGCCAGCUCUACCAUGCGUUAGUCAUGUUGAACAAAGGCCUCUCGCUCGACCGCAUAGUCAGCGCUGGCGCGAAUGAGGGGCUGGAGACUUGGAGGACACUUAUCGCGUUUCAUGGGCCUCAGAGUCGGACCCGGGCAGCAGGAUUGCUACAAGAGUUGCUCUCGUGGGAUUUCGAAGGUGAUGUCCCGUCGAAGCUGAUCUCUUUCGACACGAAUGCGAAGCGCUACGAGCAAGCUGUCAGCACCGAGUUCCCCGACGAGAUCAAGAUAGGCACCCUGGUCCGAUCGCUCAAGGAGGGCCCGCUGCGGCACCACCUGCUGCUCAACAGCCAGCGCCUCGACGCGUGGGAGCUGGUGAAGGCGGAGGUGGGGGACCUCAGGCGGGCCCAGAUCGCGACGACGGCGAGCGCGGGCACAGGCGCAGCACCGAUGGACCUCGACCCACUUGCGAAGCAGCUGGCAGCUCUCGGCUUCAAGGGCGGCAAGAAUGGCAAGAUCGGCAAUGGCAAGGGCAAGACCAGCGGGCCAGGCAAGGGCAAGGGCGCUGAUGAUACGCCGACCAAGCCGUGUCCGAUCUGCGGCAAGACGGGCCAUUGGAAGCGCGACUGCCGGUGGAUCUCGACGGCUGCGUCAGGCAAGGCACCGCCGAAGGGCGGUGGAGGUCGAGGUCGCGGCAAAGGCAAGGACGAUGGCAAGGCCGGCGCUGCGCCGAAGCCGAAGCCAUGCUGGACCUGCGGCCCGACGGCGCAUCUGGCCAAGGACUGCCCGGUCGCAAAGAAGGCUGGCGCCUUGGGCGAGAUGGCCGAGCCGGGGCCGCCCGAGGGCCUGGGCGGCCUCUUCCUUUCGGCGCUCUCCCUGUCGGCCGUGUCCUCGAGCAGCGAGACGGUGCGCUUCGGGAUCGACUCAGGCGCGGCGGCCACGGCGACCCCGCGCUCGCUGGGGACCGACUACCCGAUCACGGAGGAGCCGUCGGGAGCGCAGCACCCCAGCGCGAUUGGUGAGCCAAUCCGAGACGAGGGUCAGCGCAAGCUCACGGUGCAGACUGGCGGUGCGUUGCGUGGCAUCAGGUCCCGGGUCACGGGCGUCAUGCGACCGCUGCUCUUGGUCUUCGACCUGGUGAAGAGCGGCCAUCGCGUGGUCUUCGAGCAGGACCAGCACGGCAACGACCUCAGCCACGCCGUCCACAGCGAGAGCGGCAAGACGGUCCGCUUCACGCGGAGGCAUCGCACGUGGGACCUGGACGUGAACAUCGUGCCAGCGAAGGAGGUCACCCAGAUGUCCCAGACACUCGUGAGGGAGUUGCCGCUCUGCUCGGUCGAUGGUUGCAGUGGCUGCGACAGGCUACAUGGCAAGAAGCGUUUGUGCGCUUUCGGGCGGCAGGAGUGGUACCUCACGGAGUUGAUGAUGGACAAGUUGCGACCUUCGAGAGCCACUUUGGCCUGGUCGCAGGCGACCCUGCCCCGCCAGGUGGAGACGCCGCGGCAGGGGAUGACGGAGUUGGAAGUACAAUCGAGCUCGAGGGCGACGCCGAGGAGCGCCACGAGUCUCAGCCUGCUCCGCGCCGACGUCCUCCCCUCCAAGGGCAUCCAGCAUGAGCACAACGUGGUCCGCGCCGUCAGCCAGGUGGAGGCGACCGGCCACCCGAAGAUCAUCUGCAAGUCUGAUGGUGAGGGUGCCUUGGUGGCGCUCAAGCGAGAGGCGACGAUCCGCCUCAGGAACGUGAAGAUCGAGGUCGUGCCCGAGGAGGCGUCGGCCUACGACAUAGCAGUGAGUGAGGUCAAGGGCGUCGCACGGUGUUUGAGAGUCGCCUUGUCCCUGCUGCACGGCACAGACAUCCCGAAUGACCAUCCAGUGUUGACCUGGCUGGUGGCCCACGCUGCAGGAUGCAUCAAUCGCGGCAAGAUCGGCGCCGAUGGACGGACGCCGCACGAGAGGCACAAGGGCAGGGCUUUCCGCAAGGCGCUGCCGCCUUUCGGUGAGAUCAUCGCGUUCCUCCCGAGUGCGAGGCGCGACGCCAAGUUCGAGGAGCGCUGGAAGAUCGGAGUCUUCCCGGGCGCCAUCGAGAAGUCGAGCGAGAUGCUCGUCGGCUACGACUGCAGGGUCGUACGCGCGCGGUCGAUCAGGAGGAGGCCGCCGAGCCGGCGGGCCGAUGCGGCCCUGCCGCUUUCGACCAGGGGCGCGCCGUGGAUGCCGACCCCAGACAAGCCAGAGAACAUUCGCAUCCCGACGGUCAUCGACGAACCUCCUGUCGACCCCGCUGCGCAGCAGCCGAGGGUUGUGCCAGAGCAGGCCCCGGCUGUGCCUCGGAACGUCUACAUUCGCAGGAACGUGGAGCUGGCCAAUUACGGCUUCACAGAUGGAUGCCCGGGCUGCCACGCGGCCCGCGCCAACGCAGCAGCCAAGGCCCACAGCUCGGAGCGCCGCGGGCGCAUCCAGCUGGCCACGGCGAACGACCCUGAGCUCGCGCCCUGCGUCAUCGGGGCAGCGGCCCGCCAGUUGGAGGCCGCUGACAGGGCGCCUGUGCGCCAGGAGGGCGAGGGCGCCAGGGCGCCGCCUCAAGCUGCCAGCCCGGCCGAGGCGCCGAUGGAGAUCGAGCGACCUGGUCAACGAGCUGUUCCGCGUCGGGGCUCGCCCGCGGAGCUGCCGCAGGCAUCGAGGCGCCGCCUCGCGGCGCCAGGCGGCCCAGCACCCCUCGCGCCCGCGAUCAGCGCUGGGGGUGCCAUGGACGCGGACUCGCAGGAGCUCUGCGCGCUGCUGGCGGCUUUCGGCGACUGGAGAGUGGCCGUCAGCGAGCCGUACGGACCAGGGCGUUUCACGUCUCGGUCGAGCGCCUUCGACCUCGAGCCCGGCACAGCCUACGACAUCAGGACCGGCUACGACUUCAGCCAGGAGGGCGACAGGCAGCGGGCGCAAGCUACGAUCGAGCUAGAGCAGCCGCUGCUGAUCACCGGCAGCCCGACGCGCGCGCCGUGGUCGAACCUGCAGGCCCUCAACGUGGUCCAGGGUGUGGACGUCAACGCCAUCAUGGAGCGAGGCAUCGUCCAUCUGGUCUUCUGUGCCGAGCGCUACAAGGAGCAGAUCAAGGCUGGCCGCCUCUUCUUGCACGAGCAGCCAGCAUCAUCGAGGAGUUGGCGUCUCUGGAUGAUCCGAGAGAUCGCCGAGAUGCCUGGAGUAGUACACUACGUCGAGUGUGAUCAAUGUGCGCAUGGAUUGUGGUGCAACGAUGCCAUCGGCCCAGCACUGGUCAAGAAGCCUACGGGGUGGUUGACCAACUCUGCCGAGAUUGCCCGGGAGCUGACGCGCCGUUGUCCUGGAUGUGUUCGGCAUUGCCAGACGGUCGGUCUGGGUCGGCGCGGCAUGCGCACCAUCGAGCGGUACCCGCCGAAGCUUGUGGCUGCGGUGCUGCGAGGGCUGCGUGGCGAUCGCCCGCGGCCAGCUCGGUGCGCUGGAAGCUGGGUGGAGUUCCUGCGCGGCCUGGGCGCCUACGUGUACGACACCAAGCAGCACUGCCGCGAGGAGACCGGGCGCGACCCGGCGCCCAUGAUCUGGGCGGACGCCAACAAGGGUGGCGACCGCAAGCCCAACGUCCGCUGCAGGCUGUGCGUGGCAGAGACACGUUACCGCACGAGCAUGGAAUUGGGGGCCCCCUCGCAGACGUUUAGCGCGACACCCCCGCAUGAGGCACUCAGGAUGUUGAUUUCUGUCUGCUGCUCGGCCAGGAAUGUCGAGGAGGACCAGCACGUCAUCAUGUUCCUGGACAUGACGAGGGCUCACCCGCACUGCGAGAUGAAGCGGAAGCUGUGGGUGAAGCUGCCGUCGGAGGACCCCCGCUCAGCUGACCCCAACGCGCGCGGGCUGCUGGUCAGGUGUCUCUACGGCUGCCGCGACGCAGGCCAGAACUUCGAGCUGCUGGUCCGUGAGACGCUGGAGGGCAAGAUGGGUUUCUCCUGUGGUCUCGCAGCCUACGUCUACGGCGACAACUUCGUGCUGAAGGGCUCCCGCACCGACAACCUGGAGUUCUACCGCGAGUUGCAGAAGUACAUGCGGGUCAAGCUCGAGGGCAUGUUGGGACCCAACAAGAGUGCUGGUGAUGUUCAGGAGGUGGUCUGUCUGAACCGCAUCUUCCGUUGGACCUCGAGAGGCGACGUGGAGCUCGAGGCGGACUCUCGCCACGCGCUCAUCAUGAUGCAGCAGCUGGGCCUCUGGCGCGAGUCGAAGGCUCUCUCGACGCCAGGUGUGAAGCCCAAGAGCGCGGAUCGCGGCAGGGUCCUGGAGGGCGAGGAGGCGACUCGCUACCGCAGCCUGGUCAUGCGAGCCAGCUACCUUAGCGAGAAGCGCCCAGACAUCAACGCGACUCAGGGCAGCGAGGCUCUCAGCUCAGGUGGGGCCGAGUGGUCCGCUCUAGUGCACGCCGCGUCCUGUGGGAUCGGUCUGGUCUCGCUGGCGCGCGACAUGGGAUGCGAGCUGGAGUUGCGUUUGGCUGGCGACGCCACGGCGGCCAGCGGGAUAGCUCACCGCCGAGGGGCGGGGCGCACCCGACACAUCGAGACGAAGAUUUUGUGGCUCCAGCGCCAUGUGACCGAGCGUCGAGUCAUCCUUUCCAAGGCGCUCGGCAAGGUCAAUGUAGCAGACCUCGGCACCAAGCAUCUGGCGCAGAAGGAGCUAGAUGAGAUGCUGGGGCUGCUUGGAUUUUACGUGGCCACGGGCAAGUCUGGCCUCACCCUCGCGGUCGCAGGCAACCUGCUGGAGCCUGAGCUGGUUUGCAAUCCCGAGGGCAAAGAGGAGAUGCAGGCAUGA